AUGGUGUCCAACAACACAGCACCCUCCACCUCUAGCUGUGUUUCAUACAGCCUUGUGACGGUAGACGUGGCUGUCUCGUACCUCUUCUUCUUCUUGUUUCCCUUUGCAUUACUGCUCAAUGGGGUCGCAGCGUGGGUGUCUCUGCACCUCCGGUCCACCUCUACCUUCAUAGUGUAUCUCAAAAACCUGGUGGCUGCUGACCUGCUCAUGACGCUGACGCUCCCGCCGAUGGCAGCUAGCCAGCUUCCUGAGGCAGCAGUUCAGUUAAAGAUGUUUGCCUGCCGUUACUCAAGUGUCAUUUUCUACUGCUGUUUGUACACAAGCAUCGCUUUAAUGGGUCUCAUCAGCCUCGACCGCUUCUUCAAAAUCGUUAGGCCGUGUGGAAAGCUGUUAGGACAAAGCGUGGUCUCUAGUGUUGCCAUGUCCACAUCUGUUUGGGUGGUGUUGUUUGGCGGUACAGCCAUCCCAACAAUCAUUCUAACAGAUCAGGUUCCUGUUAAUAUGACUGGAGAUUUCUGCUUGUCCCAGAAAAGUCCAGCCGGUGUGACAUUUCACAAGUUUGUGGUUCUAUUUAUGGAGACUCUUUUCUGGCUCGUCCUGAUGUUGAUCGUGUUCUGCUACAUCUGCAUCACCCUGAAAGUCCUGCAGUCCUUCAGAAACUCAGGGAGCAACAACAGCCAGGGAAAGAAGAGGACCAAGCUGCGAGUCUUCCUGAUCCUCCUCGUGUUUUUUCUGUGUUUUGUGCCUCUCCACGUGAUGCGUGUCCCAUUCACACUGUACGAAAUCUUUCAUAUUGAUAUCUGUGCUCAAUUGUGGGUGGGGAUAGUCCAUAAAUUGACCCUGUGGGUGUCUACCACUAACGCCUGCCUGGAUCCUCUUCUCUACAUCUACCUGUGCAAGGAGUACAGAGACAAACUGGUCGAUAUGAUGAAAGCUAGAGGGAUCUGUGUCGGGGUGUAUUCAGGGGAAAAUGAGGAUGUUUCACAUUAG